AUGCCUUCCACUCCUUCGGGCAUAAAUCUCAACAACCCCGUGCUGUCCAUCUUCGCAUACUGUGCCAGCAGUAUAUUGAUGACAGUAUCGAAUAAGUACUGCGUCAAUGGCACCGGGUGGAAUUUGAGCUUCUUCCUGUUGGCCGUACAGGCUCUCGUCUGUAUAGCUGCCAUCUCGACAUGCAAAGCCUUUGGCAUAAUCACAUAUCGAGAUUUCAACACCGACGAGGCGCGGAAAUGGUUCCCAGUCUCACUCCUCCUGAUUGGCAUGAUCUACACCUCCAUCAAGGCUCUUCAAUUCCUCAGCAUUCCCGUCUAUACCAUCUUCAAGAACUUGACCAUCAUCUUGAUUGCAUAUGGCGAGGUCCUGUGGUUUGGAGGAUCGGUCGGCGGCAUGGCCUUGCUCAGUUUCGGACUCAUGGUACUCAGCAGUAUCAUCGCCGCCUGGGCCGACAUUUCGCACGCAUUGGCUUCAUACAGCGGUGAUGCAGUGACAGGAGAGGCGGCUGAGAAGAUCUCGACGUUGAACGCGGGCUACAUUUGGAUGGCCUUGAAUUGCUUGAGCUCGGCAGGCUAUGUCUUGGGCAUGCGUAAGCGCAUCAAGCUUACCAACUUCAAGGACUUCGACACCAUGUUCUACAACAACCUCCUCUCCAUCCCCAUUCUCCUCAUCUGCACCCUCCUCCUCGAAGAUUGGUCAUCGGCAAAUAUCGCUAUCAACUUCCCGCCCGGCCGACAGCAGUUGAUGAUCGCUGCCAUGAUCUUUACUGGACUCAGCAGCAUCUUCAUCUCCUAUACCUCCGCCUGGUGUGUGCGUGUCACAUCGUCAACGACAUACUCAAUGGUCGGCGCACUGAAUAAGCUCCCCAUCGCCAUUUCCGGCCUCGUCUUCUUCGAUGCCCCCGUAACACUGGCCUCCGUAUCCGCCAUCUUCGUUGGAUUUGUAUCAGGUGUCGUAUAUGCAUUAGCAAAAGUCUGGCAAAAAAAGGAUGACAAAAACGUGCUCCCUGUGAGUGCAAGUUCGCAAAGCAUGAAGGACAGCUUGAAGUGA